AUAGAAGAAGCAGAGAAACCAAUUGAUCUACUUUUUUUUUUUUUUUGUUUCUUCCUCUUCAUCAGGCUUGUUCUUCGAUUCCCUCACUUAAAGAAGGGUUUCGAAUUUGCUCGAAAGAUUGAAAGGAAAAAAAGAAAGAGGUGAACCAUUCUCAACAUAAAUUUGUUGUUUAGGAGAUGUAAGAAUGAUAAUUUCUUGGAUCUAAUCGCGUUCAGAAAGUGAGAAAGUUUUAGGAUUCAUAAAUAUCUUUGUGUUCUUCUCCACCCUAAUAAACACAUUGAUACAGAGAUGGAGGAUGAACAUGUUAUGAUUGAUCUUGAUGACGUUUCAAGGCACAUUGACAUUCCAGCAGAUGCUCCUUAUACUUUAUCAGGUUUGGAUACUUUGAAUCCGGUGUUGACCAUAGAUGGCAAAAUGAAGCUGGUAGGAGAAUAUAUAGCAACGAUUGGUACAUGCCUUGCUUUCUCUGACAAAGGUGAUAACCAGACGCCACAGAAGAAGACAGUUGAACCUGUUGCCAAACUCCACAAGAUUCUCAAGUUUAGGUUAGCACCAUUAGACAACGAAGAUGGAGUAACAAAAACAACCAAUUUGUAAAAGUUUUUCUCUUGUUCAAGUCAUUGGAAACCUGACUUUUCUUCAAAGAUCAUAUUAAAAAAAAGAACUAUAACAAUAACCGACAGAUUAUAUAUGUAGCUAAGGCACAUGCAGCAUCUUCCUUUGUUGGCCUCUUGAAAGUAGCAAUCAAACUAAGACCA